AUGUCCAAACUAGAUCAAAUACUCGCAUUUGCCCAAGAGAUCGAAUCCCGAUCCAAUAAACUAGCAGAUGCAACUUCCGCUUCAAUAGAUCUCAUCAAUCACAUCUCCUAUAUCAAUCAACAACUACUAAAUCAUGAUCAUGACAUUGGUGAAAUUCGACAUUUGAUGGAUAAUAACCAAUCGUGCUUAGUACAUUUGAAUGCAUUAAAUGAGCGUACUUUCUACUUGCAAUCAAACUUGCCCAUUAAUGACUACAUCACGAACCAAACUAGUUUCGAGAAUUUGAAUACGGAGUACAAUUAUAUUUUGCUGAAGUUGGCGCUGAACAACCAGAUCCAAGAAGACGACAAAGAAGAAGCGGAACAUGAGAAUGGAGGUGAAAUAGAACCCGACUCUCUGCAAUUGAACAUUGAUGACAGUUAUAUUGAUGGUGAUAGCUACGAGGAAGAAGAAGAUACAGAAGAGGACCACGACUUUGAGACUGAAGAUUACAUACACCACAAUGAGACCCACUCAGUAUCCCCCACGCUCGAGCCUCCAAACUUGAAGAAGAUGAUUUCCAUCUCAAACUUGCAAUUGAAGCCUAUGAGAUGUGCUUCAUCAUCAACAGCUGCACCUACGUUCCCCAAUACAAUCACAACACUUCUGCAGCCAAGAUCCAUACAAAACAAAAAGUCUAGAUAUAGACUAUCAAGCAUAUACAAUAUCAAUCCAGUGGCGCUUGAUGACAACGACUGCAUAAACUACUCGAAUACAACGUCGUCCCUCGCGUCGGCUUCUUCAUCGUCCCCUCCUUCUGAAGAUAGUGAUCGGAUGAUGAAGAAUAGCUUAUCCGAAUCUGUCGAAACUAUCGAAUCACAAUUCUCCACUCACAUGUCGUUGAAUAAACAUAAUGAGCUACAAAAUGAUAUGACAACAACGGGAGAUGAUGAUAAUGAUACAAAAGAGUCCGACUUGACAAUUUUGCCGGAUCAAAUCAAUGCAGCAGCGUCAGUCCCAGGCCUACACAAACACGCUAGAUCCAACUCAUUACCCACGACUUCAUCCAUCAAAUCUAUUGACCAAAUUGACUUGUUUAAAGAGCUCGACUACCUGGAGGAUUAUUUACGUUUCAACAGAUUGAAGCAUUUCAUUAGUAUCAGCAAUUUGUCCAAGCGUUCCACUAAAUAUGGAACUGCUGAGACAGAAGAAGAUGACAUUUUGUUUUAUCAAGAGUUUGAAAAAUCGCUCACUCCACAACAAUACUUUGAUAAUUGUGAUGUGAGUUCUGUUAUAUCUGAUAUUUCUUACUAUUCACCCGAAAAACAACAGGAUGAAACUCAUGAUGAGGUGCAAGAGAGGAAAGAUGAUACAACAGGUGGUGAUACCACUAAUUUGGACUUUGAUACUUAUAGUUCGUUUUUGCGAAAAUCCAAAUUGAACUUGAAUGAAGCUUAUCAUGAUGCGUUCCCCCAUUUAUUUAAACAACAUCUGGGUCAUAAUAAACCUACGGAGGCAAGAGAGGAACAACAAGAUCAGACUCAGGAUGAUCACACUCCGUAUCGUCAUUCUAGUCACAAUUUCAAAAAUCCCAUUGCCACUGUCGGAAGCACUAUACCCCACACCGUGGGCCCCACAUUAGACACCACCUUCGAGCAACAAUAUCCAGUGUCGGCCUCUCAUUCAAACGAUAAAUUGUCAUCACGCAAGUUGUUAACUCAAGUGAUUGCAAAGAAUCCAGCACUUGUCAAUAGAGACUCAUUUACCAUGACAACUACCCCGCCAACCCUGCCAAAACAGAACUCGUCUUUCUUAACACCAGCCUCAUCACCUCCAUUAUCAAUACCAAUACGUGGAAACAAACUGUUUUCUGCGUCCUCGUUAUCAUCAUCAUCGCUGAAGUUAGGCUCAGUUGUGUCAAAAUCGUCUCCAUCUAUCGCCACGUCGCCGUCAUUGUCCACGUCCUCAUCUGCAUCGUCGCCUUCAUUCACGCACAAUCUCAUCAAUUUCAUGACAAUCUCCAAAUUGCAUCGUGAAAAACAAAAACAUCAAGUACAGCGACAACGUCAACAUCAUCAUCAACAUCAACAUGAACAACAGCAAAGGCACUUUCACCCACAAUACCUCCUCGACAACCCAUUCUCUCCACAUCUGCUCAUUAUACCGACAAAACCACCAACCCCAGAGAAGAUCCGGCAAUUGAAGAAACAAAAACGGUUGCAACGUCACAUACCCAUCCUGAUUCCCAAUGAGGCUCAAUUAAAACGGGUGCCCGUACAUCCGUGCGCAAAAGCCGGAGGACGGCGUCAUUCCAACAGUAACAUUUUCAGAAACGAUGGCGCCAAAUCAAAUUCAGGCUCCUCGUUUGCCAAGUUGACAAUUUUGCGAAAUGAGAAACACUUCAAUAACCCACACGCUCGUACUAAUCAUCCGGACUCUGUCCUGAUUGAAAAGAGCCCUAUUAUGCGUGAUUGUAAUCGGGAUGCUAUACGAGAAGCAUUGAGUGCCAGUUUACUUGAAUGA